GGUAUAGAUAGUUAUACCUACAAAAUUAUGAGUGGGUUGCUAGCUAGAUCAAUUUUCUUCCCACUUAAUGCACCUACCUCUCACCCUGUAUCUUCUAUCGGGCUCUUUCUGGCACGUGGGUCUGGUGUAGCAUUUUCAGUGCUAGAAAUUGCGGAGGAUCCAUCUGCUGGUUGGCGUUGACCUGAUUGUUAUUGCCUGAUCUGCUUUGUUGGUCCGGCUGUGGUCUGGUUGAUCACCGGAGGAUUUUGCUCGCUGCUUACACAUAUGGAAUUGUUUCUCCAAGACAGACCUUGUAAAAAUUGGUCACUAUUCACUGUAAUAGAUGAAGGAUACUGAA